AAUGAAUCACGGACGACGCAGGAAUGGAGGAGAGCCGCCCCAUAUGAACGAUGUUGUCCAGCCGUGACCCAUUCCACAUUUCGUUGCGCACGAUGAGCUACCACGAAAGUGCCUCGCCCAAGGACCCCGCAGUUGCCUUCCGCGCCACGACGCUCUCGAUCGUCGACCGGUUUGUCCAUCUCACGUUUAAGUCGUCGGGCGUGUGCUACCUCAUCGGCGGAUGGUUUUUCCUGAUUGGGUCCAUCUUGUUCUACCCGCGGUACUUUACCUUGUACGGCGAAGAUGGCCAAGGCCCAUUGAUCGGGGGCUGGUUGUUCCUCUUCGGUUGCAUCGGAUUCCUUGUCGGAAGUUUGAUUGAAGUCGUGAACGCCCGCACCGCGCACAUUGGCGCCGUCGACUGGCAACGCUACAUCCCGAUCACGACGGCCGUCAGCAACGUGAUCGGGUCAGUGUGCUUUGUGUACGGUGGGGUGUUUUUCUUGCCGACGUAUUACGCUGAAGACCCGGCCCUUGGCUGCUACCUCUUCGUUGCUGGUUGCGCAGUUUUUUCGUUCGCCAUCUUUGCCGACAUCCCGCGCAUGAUCCGUGCCAACCAGCCUGUUGUCGGGCUCUGGACGACCGUCGCCGUGUUCAACAUGGUCGGCAACACUCUGUUCAUUGUCGGGAGCUACUACUUUUUGCCCAAGUUCUUGUUCGUCGAAGGCGACACGGCCGUCGACAACUUGGUCUACAGCACCAACUACUUUGUCGUCGGGUCAAUUGCUUUCAUCAUUGCACCCAUCGCUCAAGUUCUCGCGACCCACAACGACUUUGUCGCGGACGUGCCCAUCGCCGCAGCGGAGGACAAGCCCGUGGCCAACGCCGCCUAAACUGGCACGGCACGUUAGAUAUCUAGGCCACCUAAGUUUAUAUUUGCUAAUCGAGCCCUGUACCAUCCUUCA